CCAGGAGACUGUGUGAGUGAACAGGAAGUGUCCCUGGGUCAGAAUGUUCCGCAGUUCCAGGAGGCGGAGGUCUCAGGUACUGGACGCCAGUAUAACAGGUGAGGGUCAGCCAUGCAAUUCCUGUACGGAACGAUGCCCGGGUUUCCUCGCACACAGAUGGAGGAAAAUCUGUCAACAUUGUCAGUGCCCGUGGGAGGAUCAUGGCAGUGCAGGAAACCCUCAGGAGUUGGAACGUUCCUUGUGCCGUUUGGUCUCAGGAACACAUCGGAACUCUGAGUGCAGCAGCAAUUCUGACAGCCCUUCGGACAAGUAUGCAUGGGUGCCCUCUGGAUUAACUCCUGAGCAGGUGUACCAGUACUUCAGCUGCCUUCCUGAAGGCAAGAUACCCUACGUACAGAGCCCUGGGGAGAGAUACAGAGUAAGACAGCUCCUCCGUCAGUUGCCCCCACAUGACAGUGAGGCCCGGUACUGCUGCUCUUUGCAGGGAGAGGAAGAAGAGGAACAGUUGACUGUUUUCAGCCAGAAACGGAGACUUGAAAAUCUGGGUCGUGGUUCUGUGCAUCCAGUCUCCGGAACCAUUAGUGGUACCGUGUGCCAGAGGUGUGGGCUUCAGAUAAAUAAAGGUGAUGUGGCAGUGUUCGCCUCCCGGGCAGGACAUGGCUCUUGCUGGCACCCACAAUGUUUCAACUGUGCCCGCUGCUCUGAGCUACUCUGUGACCUAAUCUAUUUCUACCAGGAAGGGCAGGUGUACUGUGGGCGACACCAUGCUGAGCUCAAGCGCCCUCGAUGCCUGGCAUGUGAUGAGGUGAUCUUCUCUGUAGAGUGCACUCAAGCAGAGGGGUAUCACUGGCACACGGCACACUUCUCCUGCUUUGAGUGUGAAUGUUCCCUUGGCGGACAGCGUUAUGUGAUGAGAGACAACCGCUUGUACUGCAGCUCAUGCUACGAGAGACUAUUCUCCCAGUACUGUGACAGCUGUGGAGAGAGCAUUGGUGUAGAAGAAGGCCAGCUGUCAUACAGUGGGCAACACUGGCAUGCAUCAGAGAGCUGUUUCUGCUGUAGUCACUGCAAGAUAUCCCUGCUGGGGAGACCCUUUCUGCCCCGACAAGGACAGAUCUACUGCUCACGGACCUGCAGUCAGCCUAAUAGAGGAAUCAACAGAUCCAUAACUCCCACGCAGAUCGAGAUGUGCUCUCCAAGACAGACCAGAGAUGUGGGUACCUCAACAAAUAACGACCCUGAAGGGGAGAGCUUUGGAGAGCGCAGGAUGGGGGGAGGCCAGAGGUCCUUGUCUAUGAUAGACCACUCAGGGACCACUCAGCCCUGCAAUUCUCAUGUUCCCCCCAUGCGCUCAAUACAUUCCAGUCUAAGGGGGGCUCCUUCAGAAUUUUCCCGUUCAGCACCUCAAAGACAGUCUCUUCCUGAUCUUAGCAAUCAUACCAGGUCAGCCCCGAGGGUCAGUUUUAAGCUCCCUCAAAGUUCUGAGAUCCAUACUGCCAUCAGCUUCUCUCAUCCAUCUUUCAGUUCUUCGUCCUCAUCUUCAUCUUCUGACGAUGAACAAGAAGGUUACUUUUUGGGAGAGCCUAUUCCCCUGCCACCAUUCAUGAGACCUCCAGGGUAUAUGGCUCCUCUUCCUUCAACUUCCACCCCAAAAAAGAAAGACAAGAACUGUAUCCUCUCAUGACCACAAUGUCAUGAUAUGUCAACCCAAGCUCUCCACAACACUGUUUCAUAAUGCCACCAGAUCCUCUCCAGACCACAUAUGUUAUCAUGUGUCACCCUGCUUUUCAUGACUACAGUGUAAUGAUAUGUCAACCCAACCUCUAAUGAUCACAAUGUCAUUGUGUCAGUCAACCCAACCUCCAACCUCUCCUACCCAUUUUGUCAUGGAGCCACCUUAGCCUGUUCAAAACCACAGUGUCACAAUGCCUUUCUAAACAACAUGUCAUGGCAUGUCACACCAGCUUAUACUGACCAAACUGUCAAGAGAUGUUGCCACAACUUUACUGAACUUGCACUGCUACAUAAUGCAUUUAUAUUCUCUACGGUCAUUGUUUUACCUAAUUACAAGCUGUCCCCAUCUAGGUUCCAUUUGAGAAUCCUUUUGCUUUUUGCCAGAGGAUUCUCUGUAUUGCAAAACACAUGGUGCUCCUUCAUACUGGAUGUUUGAUUUGUGCUAUACACAUAUACACUAUGCCAAAUAAUCCCAUGGAAGGUGGAAAUGUGUUGGUGCUCAUUCACUGAGCACAGUGCCCCCCAUUUGGGCAGCCUGAGUAUGCAUCCAGCAUAGUAUUUACAAAGGGACAACAGUUAUGCAGGAGGACCACUGAUAAAUCCAUUAGCAGUACACAAAAGAGCAGGUAACAAAUUAGAAAAAUACUGUCCAUGUGCUUACCAAAACAUUUUUUUUUUUGUUUUUAUGCUUUUGGUAGCAUAGCUGUAACCACUAGUAAAUGGCAUUGAAGGCAUUGUCCUUUUCAGCCAGUGAGAUACUGAUCUUUCAAAAUCAAGUGAGCACAAACCUGUAUAUCCUGGUAAAUUCAAUAUCAUUUUAAACAGCUUUAACGGUUUUCCUUUUUUCCAAAUAAAAAUAUUUUUUUCAUCUUU